AUGGCCUCUCACUAUAUCGUACCUGGCGUCUUCACCAUCCCUGAGCUGCUGCUAGCAAUCUACUUCCAUCUUCACGAUCCCCUCAGCCAGAUAUGCUUUAUGCUUCUCUGCAAGGCCACAUGGAGAGUCGGAGUGGGUGAGAGGUGGAAAACCAUUCUAGAUGCUUGGCAGAUCAGGGCGCUCCUUCCUCCCGACGUGGAGAUCCAAGGUCCAUCUCUGUGGCUCAUCCAGAGGAUGGAAGAGAUAUCUCUCUCCCGUGCGAUCACCCAAAGCGAAUGGGACCGUAUCCACCUCUAUCUCGACCAUGUUCGACGGAUCUCCAUAGGCGACGAAAGGCUCGGACUUGACACCCAGCAGAAGCCCAUCUGGGCCUCGCAGCCUCUGUGGAUGCUCUCGAGCUACGAUGGACUCGGGGCUACGCUUCUCUUCCCGGCUCUCCGCCACGUCUCCAUCUCAUUUAUCUGGCCAUCGACAUUGCUUGCAUGCCAAGUGCUGGUCACUCCUUCCCUCCGGUCUUUCUCCAUACGCGCCGAUGCCGGGCUAAGGGAUGCGCUAAAAAGGAUCGACCUCUGGACCGCUCUCGAUCCAUUGCUGGACCUCCUAGCUGAGAACUCCACACGCUUGGAACAGCUCACUCUGGAUCUUUCCACGAUGCUGGCGGACCUGAUGUUCGCCGCUACGCUCGAGGACAGGCUGGUGCUGCUUGUCGCGCGCCUCCAGCAACGGGCAGGCCGACUCCGUACUCUUGCUUUCUCACCUGUGGAAUCAAGAGGCAAGUUUUUGCCCGUCCUUGGCAAUCUGGAUGGGUUGGAAGAGCUCUCUGUCGAUCUCCCUAUGUGGGAUGUCAGCUUAUCCAGCACGCCGGCAUUUCGCACCCUCAAAAGAUUGCGGAUGGGGCCCGCUCGUCUACCACUCUCGAAUGCCUCAUCAUUGCUGUCAAAACUUUUCAGUCCAUCCAUGCAAAGCAUCACGCUGACGACACCGACCUUCCCUGCACUUUCGAAGGUCAUCGAGACCAUCUCCUCCCGCUGGGCUGGAACGAUUCAAGAGGUGUCCCUGCAAAUACACCACUUCUCGCCCACUUUCCACAUGGACCUGGUCGUACUCGGAUGGGACGCGCUCCUUCCCCUCCUGUCCUGCUGUCACCUUACGAUGCUCAGGAUAUGCUUGCCCAACCCCAUCGACCUGACAGAUGAACGGAUCUCCCUCCUCGCCGAUUCGCUCCCCAAUCUCGAGAUACUGUAUCUCUACUGCAAGCGAUGCCUCGCUGCUGUCGAGUACAUUCCUGCUCCAACCAUCCGGGCACUAUUGAUCCUGGCCGAGCUGGAGAAUCUGAAGGAACUGAUGCUCGAUCUCAAUCUUGGAUGCGCCUCCAUCGAGUUGGAAGACCUUAAAGAAGCGCAGAACCCCAUGAUAAAUAGGUUCAAGAGCAAUGUCCUAGGAGGCCCUGUUGCGACAGACGUGGUAAGGCACAGAAUGGGAGUGUUGUUCCCUGCUCUAGACGUGGUGGAUGUCCAGCCCGGGGAAGGCGCGGCUUUUAGCGUGCAGGGGUAUGUGGAGACAGAGUGGACGAAAGAGGACAUGGCCUGGUAG